CGCGGGAGAGAGCUUGGGUCCGCAGUCGCCGCCGCACGCCCCUGCCUGCAGCACAGCACAGCACAGCACAGCAGCGCUCCUACACCACCAGCACAGGGCAGCCCGGCUCCUAGGCUCAGCUCAGCACGGCACACGGAACAGAAAACCGCAUAAGCUGGUCACGAUGGAAGCGAUAUUUCUGCUGUUAUCUGCACUGCUGCUUCUAGUACCUGUUCAGUCUGCACCCAGCAACAACAUCCCUCCAUAUGUCAAACAAUGCCGGAUGGGUGACCCGAAGAUCAUAGACUGCUUCAUCGAGGCCUUGCACCACACGAGGCCGUAUCUGGCGAAAGGUAUCCCGGAGAUAGAGAUGCCAUCCGUGGAGCCGUUCCGCAUGGACGAGCUGUCGCUGUCGCUGACGACUGGCCCCAACGGCUACCGCGUCACCCUGCGUGACGUCGACAUCUAUGGCGCCAGCAACUUCUCCGUCGACAGGCUCAGGCUGGGCAAGAACGGCGCGCCCUUCGAGAGCCGCAUCCGCAUCCCACAGCUGCGCAUCAACGCGCGCUACACCAGCAGCGGCGUCCUCAUCAUCCUGCCAGCCUCCGGCAACGGCACCUUCCAGUCCACGCUCGGCGACAUCGUGGCAGUGGUGCGCGGCAAGGUGAGCACGCCGACGCGCGACGGCCGGCAGUACCUGCACGUCGAUACGCUGGACGUCGACCUCAGCAUCAAGACGGUGCGCAUGGCCGUCAAGAAGGUCUUCAACAACAACCGCAUACUCACGGAGGCGACCAACCUGUUCCUGCGCGAGAACGGCCACGAGGUCCUGAACGCGAUGAUGCCGCAGCUGCGCACCAAGCUGGCCGGCGUCUUCAUGAGCAUCGCCAACCAGCUGCUCAAGCACGUGCCCACAGACGUCUUCCUGCUGCCGGCGGAGCACGCGGCCCGCUGAGGACGGCGCCCUGGCCACCGCUGCCUGUGUGUGUGUGUGUGUGUGUGUGUGUGUGUGUGUGUGCUCGUAUCCAAAGACUUCACUGCUGCUGCAACUCCACUAUCGUGGCUCACAGCCGAUUAGGGGCCCCACAAGAGAGUACUUUGUCGCCUACCUCCAGGCCACCUACUGAAAACGUAUUUCCAUUCCCGUUUCUUGUACCCAGCUUCAGCCUGUGCUGUUUACAUGUACUGUUCGUGAACAAAAAAUUAUUAGUUUUUUUCAGCUCUUUCAUUCUUUGAAGUAGAGUAAGUAUUUUGUACUGACCCAUUAGUAAUUUUAUUAUUUAAAUUAAUAAAACUGUUUGUUUUUCC